GUCAAAUCUUCUACACACUGUUUGCUUGAACGAGUUUCAGAAAGAUGAGAAGUUGAGGCUUUUGCCCAAGUGCAACCAUGCUUUUCACAUCCCCUGUAUUGAUACUUGGCUUACGUCACAUAUCAAUUGUCCCCUGUGUCGAGCCCCGAUUGUCUCCAACAUGGCGAUAGAAUCAUCACCGGAGGUAAACAGGGAGGAAUUAGUUAUUGGAGAAGUGGGACCUUACCGAGAUGUAGUAAGAAUCAUCCUAUUGUCCGGAGCCUUUGAUGUUGGCCGGAGUUUGCAUUUACAGCUGGGUUCGAGAACCCAGUCGAAGUUAAAGGGGAAGAAGAAAGGGAAAAGGAAAGAGAAAGGGAAAGGAGAAAGAGAGGGAAAAAAAAAAAAAACUAAGACUGGCAUUAACGGUGUGACGGAAUAUUAAUGGUGUGUAGAAGAUUUGACAGAAGUUAAUUUUCCAUCCAAUUAUGAUCUUAUUUGAGAAUUUUGUGGAGUUUGGGACUUUAAUUGAGUGUAAUUAAAGUUUAAGUCUAAAAUUGUAAAUUUUGUGUAAGUUCAAGUCUUUAUGUCAUAUUUUUACCUUAAGAAAAGCUUAAAUAAUAAAUUUUAAGAAUUAAA